CAUGGGUGCCGCCGUGCUGCUGGGCUGCGCCGCCAUCGCGCUCGGGCCCGCGGCCGCGCUCGUGCUGCUCACGGUGGCGGCGGAGCCGCUGCUCGUCAUCGUGCUGGUGGCGGGGGCGUUUUUCUGGCUGCUGUCGCUGCUGGCGGCCUCGCUGCUCUGGUCCGUGGCGGUGCAGCUGAGCGGGCGGGAGGACGCGGCGCUGCUGCCGCUCGGAGCCGCCGCCGCCGUGCUGCUGCAGGAGCUCUGCCGGUUCGCCUGCUUCAAAAUACUCAAGAAGGCCGAUGAAGGGCUGGCGACCCUCAGCGAGGACGGGCGGUCCCCGAUCUCCCUGCGGCGGAUGGCUUACGUGUCUGGGCUCUCCUUCGGCAUCAUCAGUGGUGUUUUCUCCAUCACCAACAUCCUGGCAGACUCUGCGGGGCCGGGCACCGUCGGGAUCCAUGGGGACUCCCCGUACUACUUCAUCACCUCUGCCUUCCUCACCAUGGCCCUGGUUCUGCUCCACACCUUUUGGGGCAUCAUCUUCUUCGACGCCUGUGAGCGGCGCCGCGCCGGGGGCCUGGGGCUGGUGGUGGGCAGCCACCUGCUCACCUCGGGGCUGACCUUCCUGAACCCGUGGUACGAGGCCAGCCUGGGCCCCAUCUUCAUCCUCACGCUCUGCACUGGCCUCUGGGCCUUCAGAACCGCUGGUGGCUCCUUCCACAACGUCCUCAAGUGCCUCUCAUGUAAACAGGAGCCUGAGGGCCAGGCCAUGCUCUACUCGGCGCUGCAGGUGCCUCCCGAGGGGUGAGGGAGCCGUGGCCCCACAGCCAGACACUCCUGUGAAAGCCUUCACCCCUCCUGCUCCAGGGGAAUUUGGGUCUGUCCAGUUCCUGGGGACCUUUGGGAUCUGAUUCUGCUGGGAGAGUUCGGGGUCUGACUGGUGCUCCCAGGGGGUUUUGGGGUCUGACCACCACCCUCUUCCCUUUGUU